CAAAUCAGCCAACAUGGCGGUUAACACGAACCGAGGAUGAACUUCUUCCUCCUUUUGCCGUCAGAAAAUACUUCAAAGUGAAGAAAUGGAUAACAUAAGCAACGAAGCGAGUGUAAUUCGCUAUUUUUGCACGGCUGGUUCCGGGAUGGAGCAGUUUGUAGUCGACGAGGUGACGCGGAAACUGGUGGCUCAGGACAUUGAGCGCUUGCAAGGUAAAGUGUUGUUCAGCUCCUCUGCACACAUCACCCGAGUGAAGGCGCUCAAGUCGGCGGAGAGGCUCUUCCUUUUGCUGAAGCGAGACUCGCCUCUCAAGCUGUCCGCUCACGCCAACCCAGCCAGAGUCGCCUCUGUGCUGCAGUCCACGCUGUUGGGGCACCGACAAGAGUGGACCGGUGCUGUAAUGACGUGGAGGCGCCUGCAGGGGGUGGUAGCAGACAGGACGGAGGCGAGCGAGGGUGAGGAGCUGCGGGGAGAGGAGGAGGAAAAUGCAGGUGACUUCCAAAUAAUGAAGAAAAGGAGAAAGAUGGACUGUGGAGAUGACUUUACUCCGGGAAAAUGCCGGGAUACAACAGCGCCGCAAGCUAACCAGCAUUCUGUCCCACUUUCCUUCCGGAUCAGCUGCAAGUGUUCCGGGUCUCUGUCCCGCUGUCUGAGUGUUUGGGAGGUGAGCAAAGUGUUGGGAGGCAGUCUGAGUGGAAAGUUGGGCUGGAAGGUUGACUUGAGGAACCCUCACAUUGAGAUUACCGUAUACUUGAGAGAUGACUAUUGUCUGCUCGGGAUACCGCUAACCAGGUUACCUCUCGCUCAUCGGUGCUACAUCAAAACGACAGGACUGAGGUCCACAGUUGCCUGGGCUAUGGCCGAACUGGCUCAGAUUCAGUCAGGUUUCGUUGUGCUCGAUCCAAUGUGCGGAGUAGGAACCAUCUUAAUCGAAGCGGCGCAGGAUCACAAGCUGUCUUAUUUCCUGGGUUUGGAUCUCGAUGAUGGACAGCUCCACAAAGCCAGUGAGAAUGUUGCGUUCGCGGAGCUGGGAGACAGGAUACACCUCAUAAAAGCUUCAUCUAAUGAUAUGCCUCUCGCGAGUGCGAGCGUGGACGCGGUGGUCUGUGACCUGCCAUUCGGGAGGAAGUUUGGCACCAAAACCGGCACGGCUGCCGGUCUGCCGCUCAUCCUGGCCGAGAUGGAGAGAGUCCUCCGAGUCGGUGGAAGCUUGGUGCUCCUCCUGAGUCCUCAGCUGUCGUUUGUCCUGAAAAAAAUCCUCGCGCGCCACGACCCUGGACAGUCGAAUCAGGAAAGGCGUUCCGGAUCCCAGGGGGUCACGCCAACUCUUACCCAGGGAACAGAGCCUCCGACGGGGCCGACGACCGAGCCGUGUCCCCCUCUCGCCUCUCUGAAACACGUGGCCACUCGAAGACUCACUUUAGGUGCCAUAGAUGGACUUGUACAUAAAUAUAUAAAAACACACACUUAAUCUAUCAGUCCUGGACAUUUUCUAUUACUGCUACUUUUUAAAAAAUUAAAAGUAAUACAAAAGUGUUAUUCACGUGUCCCAGUUAGGGUUGCAAAAUUCAAUGGGAAAUGGACUUUACAGGAAUAAAUGAGAAUGAAGGGACGAUUUGCAACAUUACAGGUUAGUCUACAGCGGUGGCAAGCAACGAGCUACAUUUACGCCGUUACUUAAGUAACGUUUUGGAUAAACCGGACUUGUCAGAGUAGUUAGGAAACUAUUUUUGUGACGUCACAUUGAGCCAAUCACAAUGCUGCCAUCUGCUUGCGUUUAGCCCCGCUUAGCCUAGUUAAACUGUGCGGGGGCCAGACACGGCCACACUCUGGGCUCGCUUACUUACAAGCUUUUCUAUUCACUUCCCCUUAAGCCAAUCACUUGUGAUUUUUGAUGCCGUCUCACCCAACUGCUGAAUACGCAGCAACUCGGAUAAGGCCUCUUUUCCACACGAUCACUGUCCGUGACGGAUUUUGUUCGAUUUGAGUCUCACCAGGAAGUUAAAAAUGACUUAGGAAAGUGCUUCUCAAACUUUUUACACCAAGUACCACCCUCUUGACCAACAUUCAACUACACAAACGUAGGAGGCCUAAGUGUUGGUCAAAAGAAAGAUUUAUUCUGAAAUAAAAAAUUUAUUGCACAGUAGUUAACAAAUGCACUAAAAUGUAUUGACCUGAAAAGUUAACUAUAACAUGUCUACUGAGGCAGUGAUUCUUUUGCGUACCACUGGAGGGCGCCUCAACAUUGUAAAAUUCUGUGAUUCAGUAUUUUCUACAUAUAUGACUAUAUUUGAACUAUGUGAAGCACGGUGCGAG